CACAAUACCACCACUACCGCUCUCAUCAUGGCGGACAGCGAGAUGCCAGAUGCAGACGCCAUUGAGGAGCAGAGGCUGCAGUACGGCCCCGGCCAGGUCACCGCCGAAGAGCUGGACUCGAAGUACCCCAAUCGACCCAUCAAUACACGCAAGACACUUCCCUUUCAUCAGCUCUUCACUACUCUCUUCAAUCCACUCAAUGAAGCCCGCACCAAGCCUGGUGCAGCUCCGGCUGCAUCCCGUAGGAAGACAGGCCCGCAUGGCCAGACUAAGAUGACGCCGCAUGAAGCUCGGCGAAACAUAAUUGAGCGAUUCAUCAAUACGUGGAGAAAGGAAGUCGGCAACGAUGUCUACCUAGCUCUCCGUCUCAUUGUCCCGGAGAAAGAUCGUGAUCGCGCUAUGUACGGUCUGAAAGAGAAAGCCAUUGCCAAGCUUCUUGUCCGGACCAUGAAGAUCGAUGCAAAGUCUGAAGAUGCGGACAAAAUGCUGAAUUGGAAGCUCCCUGGUCACAAGUGGUCCAAUACCUCAGCCGGUGACUUCGCUGGUCGGUGUUUCGAAGUCAUCUGCAAGCGCCCCUUGCGCACGACCAUUGGAAACAUGAGCAUCGCCGAGGUCAAUGCGGACUUAGACCGACUGUCUCUCGCGUCCAAGGAAGAGGACCAACUUCCCAUCUUCAAGCGAUUCUAUCAGCGGAUGAAUCCGGAAGAACUGAUGUGGCUCAUACGUAUCAUCCUGCGACAAAUGAAAAUUGGUGCUACCGAAAAGACCAUCUUUGAUAUUUGGCACCCGGAUGCUGAUGCCUUAUACAACGUAUCAUCCAACCUCAGGCGAGUAUGCUGGGAAUUGUGGGAUCCCGAUACCCGUCUUCAGGGCGAGGAUACUGGAGUCGCUUUGAUGCAAUGUUUCCAGCCGCAGCUGGCCGCCUUCCAGAUGAAGACUUUCGAUCAAAUGGUCAAGAAAAUGAAAGGGACCGAAGACGAUGACUCCUUCUGGAUUGAGGAGAAGCUAGAUGGCGAGCGCAUGCAAUUGCACAUGGUGGAAGACGACAGCGUGCUUGGUGGGAAGCGCUUCAAGUUCUGGUCCCGAAAAGCCAAAGACUACACCUAUCUCUACGGGAGCAGCUUUGACCCCGACGAAGAGUGUGCGCUCACUCGAUUCAUCAAGGACGCCUUUGGCGACAAUGUCCGAAACAUCAUCCUAGACGGAGAAAUGAUUACUUGGGACAUGGAAUUGGACAAGAUCGUUGGCUUCGGGACUCUCAAGACAGCCGCUUUGUCCGAGCAAAAGAAUCGCUUCUUUAGCAAUACCGGCCAGCGGCCUCUAUACCGGGUAUUUGAUUGCCUCUACCUAAAUGAUCGGCCCAUUACACAAUAUACUCUCCGUGACCGUCGGAAGGCUCUCGAAGCUAGUCUUACUCCCGUCCAUCGCCGAAUUGAGAUCCACCCAUACAUUGAAGCACACUCGCCGGAAGAGAUCGAUCCGGCUUUGCGAAAAGUGGUGGAGGACGCUUCCGAGGGACUGGUUCUUAAGAAUCCACGCUCCGCCUAUCGCCUGAACGAUCGAAAUGACGACUGGAUCAAGGUCAAGCCCGAGUACAUGACCGAAUUUGGUGAAGCCCUUGAUUGCAUUGUCAUAGGUGGCUACUACGGGUCUGGUCAUCGAGGUGGCGGGCUGUCUAGUUUCCUGUGCGGUCUUCGGGUGGAUCCAGAGCAUAUUGCGAAAGGCGAAAAUCCUAUGAAAUGCUAUUCCUUCUUCAAGGUUGGCGGUGGCUUCACAAAAGAAGACUAUAAUAAGAUCAAACAUCUCACCGAUGGCAAAUGGAUUGAUUGGGAUGCGAAGAAUCCUCCGACCGACUUCAUCGAGCUUGGAGGCCACGCCGAAAACAAGCAAUACGAGCGCCCCGACGUCUGGAUCAAACCGAGCGACUCAGUGGUCAUUGCAGUCAAGGCUGCAUCCAUUGGGGUUAGUCCCCAAUUCCGACUGGGUUCGACGUUGCGAUUCCCGCGGUUUAAGCAACUGAGGCCAGACAAGAAUUGGCAAUCUGCACUUUCUAUCAAAGAGUUCAGCACCCUACAAAAGAAUGUGCAGCAAGAGCACCACAAAAAGGAGAAGGAGUUUGAAGUCGACCAGCGCAGGAAGAAGGCCAAAACAACGAAGAAGGUGCUCAUCAUUGCCGGGGGCGAGACUGUCAAGAUGCCGUACGGAGGACCGGAAACGAAGAUUUUUGAGGGAUUGAGCUUCUAUAUCAUGACCGAAGCACUAAAACCACGGAAGACAACGAAGGCUGAACUCGAGCAGAUGGUGAAGAACAACGGCGGGAAAAUCGUACAAAAAGAAACGGCUGCAAAGGACGUCAUCAUCAUCGCCGAUCGAAAUCUCGUUAAAGUCAUCGUACUGGAGAAGCAUGGCAAGUACAACCUCAUCCGCCCCAUCUGGCUUUUUGAUUGCAUCAAGCAAGCUGAGAUUGACGCCGGCCGAGCAAGCUUGCUGCUGCCCUUCGAGCCUAACCGUCAUAUGCUUUUCCUGAAGCCAGACGAGCAGUUUCAAGUCGAAGAGAAUAUGGACGAGUAUGGCGAUAGCUAUGCGAGGGACAUCACAGUCGACGAGCUCAAACAGCUCUUCAACAACAUGCCGAGGAAGUUUGAGGAUACUGCUUUCGAUCCAGAACGAUUCCUUGGCCAAAGCGAGGAUCAUGAUCUGAACAUUACUGCGCUUCCUGGCUUCUUGUUUCGGGGAUUGACCGUCUAUUUCGUCAAAGCAUCGCAUCAGAAUGGCGGAGCUGUACAAUCCCCGAGAGAUAUAGCCCUCGACCUGGCGCGCUACACCAUCCGCGCUGGGGCUGGAAAAAUUGCGGAAGAUUUGGGUGACAGGGGAAUCACGCAUGUCGUCAUGGGGAAAGAUACGAGUCGGCUGAAGCAGAUUAGGGAGGUGAUCGCGCAGAGGUCCCAGUUACCUAGGAUUGUGGAUGUGGAGUGGGUUGAGGUUAGCUGGGCAGAGCGGACACUGGUGGAUGAGGAACGAUUUGGGCCCGUUUGAACCUUUUCUUGCCACGAUGUGUUCAUCAGCGAUGUCAGGCAUGAUUCUUGCGGGACUCUACGAAGUAACGCAGUGAAGGCGUCUGAGUGCAGGAUCAGAUAUUGUCAAAGGGUCUUGAUCCUAGACAUCUUCAUGAGCAUAUGAAAAAUGCAAUUCAAGAAUUUGAAACCGCAUGCUGCAGGAGCAUUCGACAUGGUGGAUGCAUUGCCAGCCAACCACACUACCGGGUAUGUUAUUGCUAGUCCCAGAGCAUCGCA